AUGGAUGAUGCAUUUCAAUUUAUAAUAGACAACCAUGGCCUCACCACGAAAUCUAAUUAUCCUCGUCAAGGAGUCGAUGGUACGUGUAACAAACAAAAGGAAGCCUCACAGACAGCUAAGAUCACUAGCUAUGAAGAUGCGCCGGUUAAUAGUGAGACUGCCUUAUUGAAGGCUGUGGCUAAUCAACCUGUGUCUGUGGCUAUUGAUGCCAGUGGAUCGGCGUUCCAGUUCUACAAGAGUGGUGUUUUUACUGGAGAUUGUAAGGCCAACUUAGAUCAUAGUGUUACGGCAAUUGGGUAUGGAACAAGUGAAGAUGGUACAAAGUAUUGGUUAGUGAAGAAUUCGUGGGGCACAAACUGGGGUGAGGAGGGAUAUAUCAGAAUGGAAAGGGAGAUUGAUAAUAAGGAAGGUCUCUGUGGCAUAGCCAAGGAACCAUCUUAUCCAAUUGCUAAAUAA